UCAAAAAUUAAGUAAGCAGCUUAUUCACAAUAUAUUAAUUGAGUUAAGACGGUGGAUUGUAGAAAUUAUGGGACUAUUUCCUAUGAUAUACUAUACCAAAAUAACAGUGCAUUGCUUUCCAUUGAAAUUGGGAGUGAAGAGCUGGAAAUAGAGUUUGCAUUUUUAGGGGAAGCCUUAGCCAAAACAUGGGUGGUCAAAGGAUUUCCAGCCCCAACUUGCCACGCCCGUGGGGAAUUUGCUAUGCCACUGCAGUGCUAGACCGCAAAAGAGGCCAUUGAACUGCAUUAGCUAGCUUUCGAUUUAGUGGUAUAAAUACCAGUUGCAGCCCAGAGCAUCCACAACAGAUCCAAGAUGUUUGGCCAGAACAACGGUGCAGUUGCUCAUGGCCUUCGGCUCCAGCCGCUGCUAAUCGCAGCCAUGCUCACCGCCUCGGUGGCACUGGCCACGCCGGGUGGCAGUGGUCACCAGUUGCUGCCCCCCGGGAACCACAAGCUCUGCGGUCCCGCACUGUCCGAUGCCAUGGAUGUGGUGUGUCCACAUGGUUUUAAUACGCUGCCAAGGAAACGUGAAAGCCUGCUGGCCAACAACAAUGACGUGCAGUUGGAGGUGGAGGCGGAGAUGGAGGAUGAUGGCAUGUGGCAAACGCUGGACGGAGCUGGCUACUCCUUCAGUCCGCUGCUGACCCAACUGUACGGAUCCGAGGUUCUGAUCAAGACGCGUCGCCACAGGAGACACCUCACCGGUGGCGUCUACGACGAGUGCUGUGUCAAGUCCUGUAGCUACGAGGAGUUAGCCACCUACUGUCUACCGAAAUAGGACACUUGGCCCACCAACACCACCCAACACUCAUUACCCAGCAUGCAUACACAUACACAUACGUACACUUGAACAUGGCAUUUUCCCACAUACUCCCACAUACUCGUAUAUGUAAACCCGUUCCCCAACAGCAUUCGUAAUCCAAUUCGUAAUCACUU